AUGAUGCCGCGUACGAGCUCCCUGCUGUCCGACUUCUCCUCGCCGGGCUCGUACCUGUCCGGUCCGAUGGACGAAAGCGGACCAAUCACCUCGGAGGGAGAUGACUUCAGCAUCAUCAUACCGAGGAACAUGCAGCGAACAAACUCCAAGUCGAUGCUUACCGACGAUCACACCUUCAUGCUCAAUUUGCCGAUGAACAUGGAGUCGACCGUCGUAGACCUCAGAUCGCUCUCCACGGAAGGGUUGCCCUCGCCUUCGAAGUUCAGCAUCGCAAAAAUGCUGGCGCGCAACUCCAUGCUGGAGCAGGCGAUGCAGUUCACCAACACCAACGGAUACAGGAACCUCUCGCACCUGGGCGGACGGGUGAUGGCACAGCACGACCGACACUGGGAGCGGGCAAUGAUACAGCGAGACGCGAACAUGGCGCUGCAACUCGAGGACUGCAGAGAGGCCAACUUCGCAGAUUACGUACACUACGACCCGGAGGAGUUCGAGGAGGCCUCACCGACGCCCUCGUUCAGCGACGAGGAUUCUAGCGAAGUACGUAUCGGGAUACCGCUGCGCAGCUGCACUCUGCAUGCUCCGAAGCCGCGCAAGCGUGGCGUUGUCGAGGAGCUAGUAUCGCGCGGGGUCUCGCCGGGUGAGGUCGCCAAGUUGUCCGACCUCUUCGAGUACCCGUCGUGCCUCAAAGCCGUAGACAUGUCGUUCAUACCGUGGAUCAAGACGCAGACGGAACAGGGCUACUGGCGAAACGAGGCCGCGCUCUUCGUGCUCUGCGUCACCAUGGCCAUCAGCGUCGGCAACGUCGAGACACUCUUCAAGCUCAACGCCUCAUGGUCGGGGAUGGUAUUCCUGGUGCCCUACUUCUUCGCCUACAUCCUGGUCGUGCAGCCCAUGAUCUGCCUCGAGCUUAUGCUGGGGCAGCUAUACCGAGGCGGACAGAGCGCCAUAUACGACAAGCUGCGCCGGGGGUGCAGCGGACUGGGCACGGCCAUCGUCGUCAUUUGCCUCUGCUCAGGCUGUUUCGCCUGCGCCAGGUGCGCGGCGGAGUACAUCCUCUACAUUUUCGACAUAUUCAAGCGCCAGGUGCCGUGGAAGCUCGCGCCCGAAGAAAUCACCAUGUGCAACGAAAUCACAGACCGUGAUAUUUGCAUGCAAAAAAUACCCAUGUGCUACUUCGCAAACGACGUGUGCGUGCCCAGCGCCCUGGGCAAGGCGUACUUGGCGUAUCAAAGCAAGUUUUACACGGCGACCAAUGAGGUGCUGAACUUCGAGCCCUCGCUCGCGUGGGCCAUCGUGGGCACAUACGGCAUAGUCUCCGUGUUCCAGUUUGCGGGGAUGGGCAACUUCACCUUCUCGGCGUCCCUGGUUAUCAUCAUCGCAUUCUUCGUCACGCACAUACAGGUGGGUAGCGCCGAGUGCGCACGUCAUGGCGCGCAGGCUUUCACGGCGAUCACGCUGGACGGGGGCACGGACUUCCUCUGGGAGAGCUUCAGGAACCUGGAUUGGAGCCACCUAUACCGAAGCAGCCGCAUAUGGUCGCACUCCUUGCGGUCGUGCAUGUACGAGUACAUCAUCGGCAGCGGCAUAUACACCACGCUGGCGGCAAAGUCGCGAAUCGGCUACGACAUAUCCAAGGAGACGGUCGGCGUGGGCAUUUUUUCGGGGUACGUGACGAUGCUACUCUUCGGAACGGCGUGCGCACUCAUCGGACACUACGCCAAGUUGCUGCGCCUCAAGCCCAUCGAUAUCAUGUGGAUGCUCGGACAGGACUGCAGCUACAUACUGCUGCCGCUCGGAUUCAAGUCCACGGAGAACAUGGAGCGCACGCUCUGCAUGCUUCAGUUCAGCUGCUGCGUGGUCAUGCUCUGCUCCACGCUCGCCAUACAAAUCGAGGUCGCGGUCGCCAACAUCAAGGACCUCCCCUGGCUGGGCAUCAACAAGCUGCACAGACGCUGGACGAGCCUAUGCAUCAUACUGGUGCUCAUGUGCUCCUCGCUGAUGCUCUGCUCGAGGACGGGCAAGCGCGUGGUUUGGUUCCUCGAAAUCGCCGUUGGCGACCUCGGGCGCGCGUUCACGGUGUUCAUCGCCUCCAUCGUCGUCGGCUGGCUAUACGGAUGCGACAAGCAGAAGGAGGCGCUCGGAACAAAGGCAGUGUACACGUUCAACGCGGUUUUCUGGGCCUUUAAUUUCGUCGCGUUCCUUUGCGAAACCUCAGACGAGUAUCUCUGGGCGAUAGUCUGGUGGUUCAUGCGGGCGGCCGGCAUUGCCGUCGCGCUCGCAGCAGCCUACCACUUCAACCAGCAGGACCCGGAGCGCAGUAAAACGCUCAGCGAGUGCGCGUGGUGGCUCUGCUGCGGCAACGUGGAGCAGCUCAGGAUGGAAAUCUGCCGCAUCAGCCCGCUCAGCAACGUCGGCGGACUGCCCAUGAAGAUCUUCUGGUCAAUCUGCAUCAAGUGGUUCGUGCCCUGCAUGAUGAGCAACACCAUCGCGGACGUGUUCGAGGAGAUCGUCGCGCCACACCGCGUCGCCGUGCAGGUCAACAAAAUCCCACCCGGAUGGCAGUGGGUCACCAUCCUGCUCUGGGCCUUCCUGAUCUGCAUCGUCUUCGUACCGCCGAUCCUGCUCUGGGUCGCGCCCAACCUCGUGCCGGUCUACGAAACCAUAGACCUCUCGAGCAUACCCUCAUGCCCCGUGAAGCACUCGUUCUGGCAGAACCUCGUGCCCCGCAACCUGUUCCGCGAGUUGUACUGCGACAACGGGAGAGUGAAACCCAAGGUCACUUAA